AAUGUCUGGCACACACUGCUCAACAACAACCGUGCACCUGAUACGUGGGGUCGUGCAGGGGCCGAGGUAUUGGACGAUGUUGCAGAUGAGAUGGCGAGGCAUCACCCGAUUCUUGCCCUUUGCAGCAAUGGAUGGAAGGUCCAGGCUAUCGCUACUGAACGCUAUCCCUCGUGGGCAUCAACACACAUCAAGAAGAGGAAGAAGUCUUCCGAUGCCGUUGUAGUAAGUAUUUCAUCUUUUCAUCUUGCUCUACUAACUUAG